CCACCACCACCACCUUUCCCUCAUCUCUUUCUUGCUUCCUACCUUCCGAGGCGUGCGCUGCAGGUGAUACCCACCGAUGGGCGCGGGGGCAGCGGGGCUGGAUGUCGCGGGGGCCGUGCCCGCCAAGCGGAGGCGGGCGCUGGCGGCCAAGACCAGAGGUGGCAGGCCGCGGCAAGCGAGGAGGCGCGCGCAGCCGCAGCCGCCAACGGCGCUGCAGCGGCUCUUCCGGGCCUGCCGCGCCGUCUUCAAGGGGCCCGGCACCGUGCCCGCGCCCCCCGAGGUCGCUCUGCUCCGGGCCAUGCUCGACAGAAUGAGGCCUGAGGACGUGGGCCUGAGCCCAGACAGGUUCAUCAGGACCAGGGAUAAUGCGGCCCAAGGGAACCUAACCAUCACACAGAGGAUCAUAUACAAAUCUGAUAAUUUUUCGAUGGUCAUGUUUUUUCUGCCGCAGAAUGCCGUGAUCCCUCUACACAAUCACCCCGGGAUGACGGUGUUCAGCAAGCCGCUCAUCGGAUCGAUUCAUGUAAAGUCGUAUGACUGGGCUGAUCCCGAUGAUCAAGCCGCUUUACCGCCCAACCAUCAACUGAGAUUGGCGGAGCUGGUUGUGGACGAUGUUUUCACGGCGCCGUGCAACACGUCGGUCCUCUACCCGACGGCAGGAGGCAACAUGCACCGUUUCACAGCCAUCGCGCCGUGCGCCAUCCUUGACAUCCUUGGUCCCCCUUACUCCAUCGAAGAGGACCGAGAUUGCACCUACUACACGGAUGUUCCCUACUCCUCCCAGCAUCCUAUGACCUGCAAUGAACAAGAAGGGCGACGCCUCGCGUGGCUGAAAGAGGUCGAGAUGCCGAGGGAUCUGAAGAUGCACACCGUCCGGUACAGCGGCCCGCCGAUCUCCGACAGGUGAUUAAGCCCUGUUCGGCGCCGUUCUUUCCAGCACUUCACAACAGAUGAUGAGCAACUCAAACAACUCAAACAAGAUGAUGUUAGAAUCGUUUGCCGUGUGAAUAUAGCAGCAAAGCUAGCUAGUUCAACCGUGAGCAUAGGUUUCAGUUUGUGCAUGAUGUCUCAGAGAGUGGUGGCAAUUUAUCAUGUAAGAGUGCUUACCUGCUUUUGCAGCAGCUGUGUGUGUGGACCUUGUCCAGAUCCUUUGUUGAUCUUUGUCAAUGCAUAGAUCAUCCAUAGAUUA